UUACGCCUGUUACCCCCAAUGGAGCAUAGGCCACCGAGCAGGAUUCUCCAACCCACUCUUUUCUGGGUAUUCCUUUCUAGUUCUAUACAAUUCUUGUUCAUUCUUCUCAUAUAUGUCUCCGUUUCUCGGUUUAAUGUGUUCUUUGGUCUUCCACUUUUCCUUCGGACUUGACGAAUCCAAGUGAGUACUUGCUUUGUGAUGCAGUUAGGUGCUUUCCUCAAUUUGUGUCCUAUCCACUUUCAGCGCUUCUUUCUGAUUUCUUCCUCCUCUGAGAUCUAGUUUGUUCUCUCCCAAAGAAGGUUGUUGCUGAUAGUGUCUGGUCAACGGAUCCAAAGUAUUUUGUGUAGACAGCUGUAAAUUUUGGAUGAUGACUUUCAUAGUUCCUAAGGUUUCCGCUUCAUACAGUAGAACUGUCUUGACAAUUGUAUUCAAAAUUUCGACUUUGGUGUUGGUUGACAGUUGUUAUGAAUUCCAGAUGUCCUUCACUUGUAGAUAUGCUGCUAUUGCUUUGCCGAUCCGCGCCUUCACAUCUGCAUCAGAUCCACCGUGUUCAUCAAUGAUGCUGCCCAAAUAUGUAAAGGUUUUUACAUCCUCAAAAGAUUCUCCGUCAAUUGUUACUGGAUUGGUGCAUGCUGUGUCGUAUCGGAGAAUCUUGCUUUUCGCUUUGUGUAUAUUGAGACCUACUGCUGCUGAGGCUGCUGCUACACUAGUCGUCUUCCCGUGCAUUGGUUGUUGCGUGUGAGAUAAAAGGACCAGAUCAUCUGCGAAGUUUAGAUCGUCCAGUUGCAACCUAGCUGUCCAC